AUGCAGAACCAUGAUGUGCAGGAGGAGCAGCAGCGGGAUGACACUGGUGCGGGCGAGGCGGCUGGCUGGUCUUCUGAGGCCUUCAAUGGCGGCCUGGGUAGCACCAAGGGCACACCUAUGCAGCUGGGCAAGACCUACAGCUAUGGCUCUGUCAGCAGCCCCCGCCUGGCAUCCCAUUCAAGCCAAAUCACACCCACUGACGAGGCUGUCAUCGUGUCAAUGGGCCUAGAGUGGGCCCUCGAGCAGGAGACCGCCAAGGGGCUGGAGCAGGGGCUAAACAAUGAGUCAGACACCACCUGCCUGGUGUUCAACGGGGUGCAGAUGGACGCCGUCCACUCCAACCCCCUUUACAAUGAUGAUGGCUCCCCGAGCCGCCCCAGCUCGCCCACCAAGGGCAUGCCGCCGGACGAUGAAGAGCAAGAUUCGUCGGAGGACACCAAGAACAACAGCGCCCUCAGCAUUAGCUCCGCCGCUCACACGGGCGUCGAGCUUGGCGGGGACGUCUCAACACGCGCGGCCCGCCGCCGGGACACCGCGGCGGGCGCUCGGCUCACGGCGCCGCAGGCCGAGCCCCGGCUGCCAGAGAUCACCGCCGCCGCGCCCAGCCCCGUCAUACAGCAAGAGGAAGGCAGCGCGCACGGCGGCAUGGAGGGCCGGCUGCCCCCUCGCGUCGAGGCCAGGUUCGCCGCAGAGGGCGCCAGGUACCGGCUGCAAGUCAUCCCCCAGGACAAACAAGAGCCACACCUGGCGCCGGUCUCUUGCGCCGGGCCCACCGUCUGGGCAACUAGCUCCGCCACGCAAGAGGGCGUUGAGCUCGAGUAUGGCGCGAUCAAGCGCAAGCUGCUGGUGUCCUGA